AUGGAUUCCACGCGGCCACUGACGAAGCGGUCCAGGGCGGUCCAAGCCUGUAAUGCCUGUAGGCAAACCAAGUCCAAGUGCGAUGGCAAGCAUCCAUCCUGUGAGCGAUGCAUCAGGUGUAACAUUGCGUGCGAGUACACACAAAAUAGCCGAGAUAGGCGCAUGGACCGCCAGGAGGAGAGACGGGCCCAUAUCGCAUUGGCAAACAGAGUACGAGAGUUGGAAUCCCAAUUAGCUUCAUCCAAGCAGUCUCAAGGACAGGAUGCUGUCUCCCCGAGCAGCCAUGGCGGCAGUGUGUCUUCGCCGGCCCAGACAUUUACUCAGCAACCGCAGACUAUCAAUGGAAACUUGUUGGCGGAUGGCUCUUCUGAGCCAAGCGCGGAUGCGAUAGCUACUGGUCUGUUCGACGAUCAACCCGGCAAUACCGACAUUGGCUAUUUUGGCGCAAGCUCCAACCAUGCCUUCUUUUGGUCUCUGACAUCCUCUUUGGAGGAGCUCAUUAAAAGCAAGGGUGAGCAACAGAAUGUUCCUCCGAGGCAGGGAGGCUCAAACCAAGGACCAAGACGGCUUCCGUUACCGCCUCUUAAGGCAGUGACCGCAGAACAACAAGCCCCCGUGUCACGACAAGAGGAUUCGUUUCCUGGCCGGAAAACUGCCAUUGACUGGGUUCAUCGCUUCUUUGACACGGUUGCGCCUGUGCUUCCCUUUGUCAACAAGGCAAUGUUGCUACGAGAGAUUGACCUGAUUGACUCGCGGACUGGCACUUGGCAGUCAUGUCCUGCUAAUACCCAAGCGUUGCUGAAUAUUGUAUUUGCGAAUGCGCUGGCUACGUCUGAAGAUGGCGCGGCAGAACCAUUUUAUCGUCGGGCUUUGGGCCUGCUGGAUGAGAAGGGGCUUUAUCUGCCUACCAUUGAGGCUUUGCAAGCCCUCUUGCUCCUCGCGAGCUUCCAGCAAAAUAGCCAACGGGCACAGGAGAGCAUUACUACGCACUUUCGCGCCGUCAAAGCCGCAUAUCAACUUGGCGUCCACUCACCAUCCUCGUACGGACGUUUGAGUAACAAAGAUAGGGAGCUGCGGUCUAUUCUUUGGUUUGCAGUAAUAAAUGAAGACAGAAUCAUUGGCUCCGGGUUGGGCCGGCCGUUUCUCGUUCCGGUUCAACAUGUUCGAAUGGAACUCAAGGAAAUAAUGAGCCAGGGUCAUCACGGCCAUGACGAAAAUGCCAAACUUCGUCUGUCUAGCUUGCGGUACUUUAGACAUGUCAUCUCAUUUCACGAAAUUAUCGGCAGUACCGUUGAUGUAAUGCAUGCUUCAAACAUAGUAUCGGCCUGUGAUCUCACGUUGAAUGAGCUGGUUCCCCAUGUUAUGGAAUCGUUGAGACAAUUGGAACAGCUUCGGAUUGACGCGGCACCUUACAAGUUGCUCGUAGGCAACACGACCGCGGAUUCAUGGCUGGCUGCUGAUUUCGACAACGAGAGGCAUGCCGUACUCCUAUCUUUGUAUUACUAUCGCGUGACUGUGUUGGUCAAUGCACCACUGCUGUUGGCAUUGUUGCGGCAUGUUUCAACGCCUGCUGCUGACCCGAUCGACUCUGGCGUACACGCAAAAGUUGCCGUGUCCAUUUUGCAGACGUAUUUGCAGACGAUAAACGACUUUCAUAGUCUACUGUGUGCGAUAUUGAGAAUCCAGCGCUCAUUUCUGCGACGCAAUGCGGUGUGGUGGCUGUGCAAUUACAUGAUGGUAUCGAUGAAUCUUCACCUAUUCGGAUUUUGGCUAGUGUCGUCUAAUAGCCCGAAAUCAUUGCCCUCUCUCGGCAUGACGACCUCGGAAAUUGAAAGUUUGAUGCGCCGAGCAUUGGAUACAUUGAAGCUGGUGGGAGGGUCAAGUAUCAUGAGCAGGAAAGCACACCGCUGUUUGCAGCGUUACCUGGAUUCUUUCACGAAAGACCGCGAGCUGCAAACACAAGUUAGACUCGAGCCGUCGGUGCCCUUGGAAACGACUGGUCCAUGGCCGUAUGGUCUGCCCCCCGGCGACGUGUCUGUCGCUGCGGCAGGUGUCUGGGAUAGUAGUAUGGAUGAUCUAAUGACAGGCUUAUGCCCGGAAGAUUUUCUUGGUGAGGAUUUGUUUGCGAUGAGCUAUACGAUUAGUGACUUUGAUGCUACGGGAUUCAUCUAA